AGUGUAAAGUGACACUAUUCUGAGACAGCGGAGAAGCAUAGCAUGAACUUGACUUCCUCAUGGCACGUUCCUCACGAACAGAUCAGAACUUGCCAUAGUGCGACGUAAAUUUGUUGAGGGACACAAGCGGGGAAAACAACGCUUACCUUUCUUGAAUGGAAUCACAACAUCUGCUGGCGGAUAGUGCCGAUGCAACCCGCAGAGAUUACGGAUGCUGGUCGGGGAGAGAGCUCCGGGACCCGACGAGGCGGGCAUUCCCGGUCAAAUGCCGUUCGAGCAGUGUCAGUGGACAAGCAGAUGAGGAGCUCUACAUCCAACAAGCAGUUGUUUUCAUUGAAGAUGCCAUUCAGUAUCGAUCCAUCAACCACCGGGUGGAUGCAAGCUCACUCCGUCUGUAUCGUUGGUACUACUCAAGGAUAUGCCAAUGGGGUUUAGGCUUGACCAUUGCAGUGGUACUGUUGCUGGCGUUUGUGGAGCGGCCAUCUUCCCUUUCCGUAACAUCUGACUCUCGAUAUCGCUCUCCACCUUGGGAGCCUCCUUGUGGCUUCACUGAGAGCAUUGAGAUAGUCUGUCUCCUCAUCUUUACUCUUGAUCUCGCCAUUAAGAGCUACUUGAUUGGCUGGGAUGAAUUCAAGAAGAACAAAUGGCUGAUGAGCUAUACCAUGGUCAUUUCCAUCUCCAUCAUUGACUGGGUGUUGUCUAUCAGCAUGGUCUGUGAUGAGAAACUGAGAGUUCGACGGUUAAUUCGACCAUUCUUCCUCUUGCAAAACUCAUCCCUGAUGAAAAAGACACUGAAGUGCAUCAAGAGAACUCUGCCAGAGAUUGCCAGUGUUAUUUUGCUGUUGGCGCUUCACCUCUGUUUGUUCACCAUGAUUGGCAUGUUGUUGUUCCCCAAAACUGAGGACCCACUGAAAAAUCAAGAGUGGAAAGUGUAUUUUCGAAACCUGCCGACUUCACUUACUUCCCUACUGGUGCUGCUCACCACAGCGAACAAUCCAGAUGUGAUGAUCCCUGCCUACUCUCAAAACAGAGGUUAUGCCAUCUUCUUUAUCUCCUUCAGUGUCAUGGGAACGUAUUGCAUGAUGAAUUUACUGACAGCCAUUAUCUACAACCAGUUCAGGGGAUAUUUGCUGAUGUCAGUCCAAACAUCCAUAAAUAGAAGGCGUCUGGGAAUCCGAGCAGCCUUCCAAGUCCUUCGCUCUCAUGAUGCUGAGAAUGCUGCUGGGGAACGUGUGCCAAUUGAUGCUGUGCUACAAGUGAUGUCCAGGAUCCAGAUGCAGAGCUACUACAGAGAGGCCAUCACUUCUGAGACACGUCAGUAUCAGACUGAAGGCUUUAUGAAUAGAGAGCAGUUUAAACAGAUAUUUGAUGAGCUGGAUAAAGACCGUAUAAACGAGCACCCUCCCGCACCACAGUAUAACUCAGUGGUAUUGCAGAAGCUGCAGGUGAUCUUCAGCCACUCCUAUUUUACUGUAUUUGGCAAUGCGGUGGCGUUGGCCCAUGUGGUCUGCAUAUGUACUGUGUUGGUAUUGAAUUCAGACAAGUCCACCGGAGAGAGAGAUAAUCUUUACAUGGAGAUUAUCAACAUGUGUUUUAUCAUCUACUACCUAUCUGAAAUGUGUGUCAAGAUAUUUGCCUUGAGUUGGAAAGGGUACCUUUCCUACAGGAACAACAUUUUUGAUGGAUUCCUCACCAUCCUGCUCCUGGUCCUGCAGAUAACUAUUUAUGUCAUCUACCGCCUUCCUCAUUCACAUGUGGACCCAUCCUCAGAUGGAGUAUUUUCACUGUGGGAGAUGGUUCGCUUUGUUAACGUGCUGGUUGUCUUCCGCUUCCUGCGCAUCAUACCAGAUAUCAAGCUAAUGGCUUUGGUUGCAAGCACCUUGUUGGACCUGGUGAAAAACCUAAGAGCCUUUGCAGGGAUUCUGGUGGUAGUUUACUACAUAUUUGCUGUGUUUGGCAUCUGGCUGUUUGAGGGGGCCAUCAAACCACCACCAGAUAUGAGUGUGCCAUACAAUACAAGCAUGGAAAACAUCACUUCGAACUUCAGCACUGAGUGCGGCACCUAUGAACAGCUCGGCUACUGGCCAAACAAUUUUGAUGACUUUGCUGCGGCCAUCAUUUUGCUGUAUGAUGUCAUGAUAAUCAACAACUGGCAGGCCUUCAUGGACGCAUACACCAGAUAUACCACUGAAUGGUCUAAAGUCUACUUUGUGUGUUGGUGGUUCACCUCCUCUGUCAUGUGGGUAAACUUGUUCGUGGCACUCAUCCUAGAGAACUUCACCUACAAGUGGGAUCGCAGUCACAGCUGCUCUGUUACAGAUGUGGAGAGGAUCAGAUAUGAAACAUCUGUUCAACUCAUGUUCAAGGAGCAAGUCAAGGAGCCAACAGAAGAAGAAUUGCUUUGUCAGCUACAACAGCACCGCCACCUACACUUACACUGGGGACACACAUGACACAAACAGUACAUACAGUGAAAGUACAUGCAAAGUUCUGGUAUUGUUGAUAGUCGUGUAGCAAUUCUUAAAAAACAUUCUUAUUAUUGUAUGCCAGUAGAAAAUGUUGAUCCACAAGGCUUUGGGGAAUCUGAAUGUGUUUUUUUUUUUUGUUUUGUUUUUUUUUAUCCUGCUCAGCUCCGAAAAAUGACCAAAACAAUAAAACAGACGGCUUUACCCCAGGAGCAAAAUUCAUAGGGCAUUCAAAAUGAUUGAGUUAAAAAUGAAUUUGCUGUCAAGGUAGUCGUGGAUUAAUGAUUUACUUGUCUCAGUGAUAUUCGACACUGGUCAAAGGAGUUGCACAAAAAACAGAUCAUCUCAUUCCAAAAUAAAUUAAAAUGAAAAAGUGUACAAAAUAUUUUCUACUUAUAAUGACAUUGCUUCGCUUUUCCAAAUAUUUGCAGCAACCUAUUUUACAUGCUGUAUUUAUAAAAUGUGCGCUUUUAUUAGUGAGAAUGUUGGCAGCGCAGACAUAAUUGUGAAUUGACGGUGUGGAUGGAGAUGUGAAUGCUUGUUUGUUUCUAUAUGUGCCCUGCGACUGCCUGGCGACUAAUUCAGGGUGUUGUCCACCUUCUGCCCGAAAUCUGCUGAGAGAGGUUCCAGAAACACCCCCACACCCUCUGUUCAGAAGAAACAGGAUUGAAAAGGGAUGAUUUUUUUUGGCAGAAUGUUAUUGGUGUUUCGACUGCUAGUUGUGAAAGAACUGUCAAAACAAAGAACUCAAUGUGUUUGAAAUAAAGGGAAAUUGUGUUACCCUAUGAUGAGAGAUUUCAGUGUCAAGACUGUUUUUAACUCUUUUAUUCCCCAUGACGAACAAACAUGUCGUGAAAAAC